AUGCCUGAAGUCUGUAUGGCUCCUGAUUCCCAGACUUGCCCCCUCGUUGUCGCUCAAUACGCGAUCUCGGGCCACCCAAGACGCACAGAACAUUGGUCACUUUUGGCCGUCGUUUCAAAGACGGAAGCAUACGUAUACCAGCUAAAAGGCAACUACGACACGUUCUGCUAUGAGUGCGAGGUGGCGACAAACUACAUGAAAGACCAAAGUCUUCGCGGUGGCUGCCAGGUUGGAACCAUCCCACUCUCCCAGCUGGACUGGUUAAAACAGAAGCUCAAGGAGGUCACCGUGAUUCGACACGACUUCAACUUCGACUGCCAAAACUGGGUCAUGGCCGCCAUUCAGGCCUUGAAAGACCACGGAGGUAUUAUCGCGCCCGGGACGACUGAGAGGAAGGUCCGGGCUGAGAUGGAGGAGGAGAAAGAAAGAUGGGAAGUGGCGGACGACAUCCUAUUCGAACGGUUAUUUCCUUGA